AUGGCUGAUGAUUAUCCUGGCUGGGUUGAAUAUGACCUGGAUGAUGUUGCAAACAGCAGCGACGAUGAUGAACCGAAAUAUGAUGCUGGUGAUCCCGUGCCUUAUAAAGGUGGGGGAGAGGACAUCCCAGAUGCAAACUACAUUGAUCCUUAUAAGGAAUUGGAGGAUGCCUAUUUUUCCUCCUUAGGUGCUCAAGCUUCAGCAGCUGAGGCUGAGCUCUUGGCAGUUAGACGUUUGCUGGAGAAGUGCGAGCGGGCUUCAAACCGUGCAAAAUAUCUUGCCGACCGUCUUACCGAGCAGGUCCAAGAGACCUCUGUGGAUAAAGCCCUAGGGAUCGCCGAAAAGACCAGCGAAGCCGAAUCAACUGUGGCUGCCUACAGAGCUGAAGCCUACCGCGCACUUUCACAGAUUGAGGCGCUUUUCUCAUAUGGGAUGAGUGAGUCAGAGCACACACAUGUUAGGAUUAAGCUAUCUGGUGAUACCUUGAAUAUUACUGCAGCGCCAGCAUUGCUAGAUGUGCUUAUGGCUGCGGACAAAUUUGAAGUCUCUUCAUGCAUGAAUUAUUGUCACCAGUUAUUGCGAAAUUCAGUACCCAUGACACUUGACUCUGCAUUACUUUACCUGGAGCAGCUUCCUCAUACCGAUAAAGUCCAAUCACUGAUUGAUGCUGCAAAGCUUUAUCUUGUUGACCGAUACAAGGAUAUAACCAAGUUCCAGGAAGAGGUUAUGACCUUGCCUCUUUCGGGAAUAGAGGCAAUUUUGGCUAGUGACGAUCUCCAAGUUGGAUCAGAAAAUUGUGUAUAUGACAUUGUAUUAAUGUGGGUUAGAAAACAUUACAACGGACUGAAAGAAAGGCAAGAAGUUUUGGGUACACGGCUUGCGCGAUUAAUUCGCUUCCCUUAUAUGACAUGCCAAAAGCUUGAGACGGUCUUAACUUGUGAUGACUUUGCACAUAACGAUGCUUUUGAGCUUGUACUUGAAGCCUUACUUUUGAAAGCAGAGGCUCAACAAUCCCUCACAACAUUUGCUUUGAAUUGUCGUUUUGUGAAGAGGGCAUACAAGGAUCUCUAUGUUAAGGGGGUAGAAUUUGAACUUCCCCGACAACAAUGUGUGGUAUACUUGGAUUUGAAGCGAAAGGAGUGUACCACUUUGUUUCCAUUUAGCCGUAUGAAGACUCAAACAUUCUAUUUGGGCGCGCAAAGGUUUUUUAUAGUAGCAGCAUGCUGCAGAAAUUCCAAGCGCAAUUUCCCUUGUUUUAAACUUGCUGUGGCAAUGAUGAAAAACUAUUCGGGAAGUUUUGUUGUGGACUGUGAAUUUGCUGUAAGGUCUGGGCGAAGAAAAGAGUUUGUUGUUAACAAGCCCAAAUUGCAUUGUACAUUCACUGGGGGGACGAUUGUUGUCUUUAACUUGUUUAAGGUUUCAUGGACUGAAUUCAUUGCUGAGAAUAGUCCUUUUUUCAUUAACGAUGUUCUCCACCUCAAAGCCGAACUCACUAUCAGACCUUGA